AUGAAAAACUGUCAUCCAUUGUUGAGUAGAGAAAGAAGAGAGCGCAGAAACUACAGCCAUGGCUUCUCUUCUUCUCAGAUCCAAGUUCUUGAUUCCAUAUGUGAAGCUUUGAUUCCUCCUCUGCAACUUUAUGACGUCAGCAAUGGAGAUUUGCCAAACCAGGCCUUCAACUACUUCUACAAAUCUUCAGGGCCUGAUGAAGUUGCAGAGCUAUUGGUGAAGAGGGUAAAACCUAAAGCUCAGUUCAUAGUAAGCCUAGUGUUAAAGCUUCUAUCAACCAGAUCGGGAACCCUUUUGCUUUGUGGGUAUGUUUGUUUAGAUUGGAAGUGGCCAUUCGUUCACAAAUUUAUGGAAUUGUCCUUGAAGAACAGAGAAAUUAUCCUUCAAAAAUGGUCAAGAGAAGCUUUUCUGCUUCCACUGAGAAUAGCCUUCUUGUUGCUUAAAAUCACCUGCCUCUACAUCUUUUUCUCUUUGACUGAUGACAAUUCAGGUAAUCCAGCAUGGGAACCAAUUGGAUACCGUGUAGAGGACAUGAAAGAUUCGACCAAACCACAAAAGGAUAGACCUCUUGAAAAGGGCAUUAUUGAAACCAUGAACAUGAGUGAGUUGACACUAAAGGAAUCGCUUAUGCAGAAAGGUAUACAUGUCAUUGAGGAUCCAACAGGCAAUGUGUUUAAGAUCAAAUGUGAUGUAGUGAUUGUUGGAUCCGGUUGUGGAGGAGGUGUUGCAGCAGCUGUCCUUGCAAACUCAGAUCAGAAAGUCCUAAUCCUCGAGAAAGGUCACUACUUUGUGCCGGAAGAUUAUUCCGGUCUUGAAGGACCUUCAAUGAAUGAAUUAUAUGAAUCGGGUGGAAUGCUAACGACUGAAGAUGGGAAAGUUAUGAUCAUGGCCGGGACGACCGUUGGUGGUGGUUCUGCAGUAAAUUGGUCGGCCUCCAUAAGAACUCCGAAUUAUGUUCUUGAAGAAUGGUCCACAAAAAAUAAUAUUCAAAUGUUCAGUUCCCCGAGAUAUCAAUCUGCUAUGGAUGUAAUAUGUCAAAGAAUAGGCGUCACUGAUAAUUGUUCAGAAGAAGGGUUUCAAAAUCAAGUACUUCGAAGAGGAUGCAAAAAUCUUGGUCUGAAAGUUGAGUCAGUACCAAGAAAUUCCUCUGAGAAUCAUUACUGUGGUUCUUGUGGUUACGGCUGCAGAAGAGGAGAUAAAAAGGGAACAGAUUCCACUUGGCUUGUUGAUGCUGUAAAUAAUGGUGCAGUGAUCUUAGCUGGGUGCAAAGCUGAAAAAUUUGUGUUGGUGAAUGCAAAAGAUGAAAAGAUUAGAAAACAAUGUCUUGGAGUAAUUUCGACUUCUGAAAGUAAGAACAUCAAAAAGAAGCUACAUAUUGAGGCACGGGUGACAGUUUCGGCCUGUGGUUCUCUCUUAACACCCCCGUUGUUGAUAUCCAGCGGUUUGGAGAAUAAAAACAUAGGUAGAAAUCUUCAUCUUCACCCGGUUUCUUUCGUCUGGGGAUACUUCCCGGAAUCAUCAUUAGAAUUUGAAGGUAAAAAUUUUGAGGGAGGAAUUAUCACUUCUCUCCAUAAGGUGUUCUCUGAAGAAUCCAACAUCCAGGCUAUUGUGGAAUCUGCUUCUCUUGGACCUGCUUCAUUUUCUGCAUUGCUUCCAUGGAUUUCAAGGCAUGACAUGAAGGAAAGAAUGACAAAAUAUUCCAGAACUGCUGUUUUUUUUGCAUUGACACGAGAUCAAGGUUCAGGUGAGGUGAAAGAGGAAGGUUAUAUAAAUUAUCGGUUGGAUAAACUCGAUAAAGAAAAUCUUAAACUUGGGUUGAGAAGGGCUUUGAGAAUUUUAAUCUCAGCAGGAGCUGAGGAAGUCGGUACCUUCAAGAGUGAUGGACAAAGAACUAAAUGUAAAGGGACUAAGAAGGAGGAUUUGGACGAGUUUCUUGACACCGUUACAGCAGAAGGUGGCCCAAGGUCGAGGAGCGAGUACUGGACCAUUUAUUGUUCAGCACAUCAGAUGGGCAGUUGCCGGAUUGGUGUCACCCCGGAAGAUGGUGCAGUUGAUGAAAAUGGAGAAUGUUGGGAAGCAAAGGGGUUAUUUGUAUGUGAUGCAAGUGUACUACCUUCUGCUGUUGGUGUUAAUCCUAUGAUUACUAUCCAAUCAACUUCAUACUGUAUAUCGAAGAGAAUAGCCGAGUUUCUGAAGAAAGGAAAGCUCGUCUAG